GGAGCGCCGUGUAUGGCUGGGCUUCAGUGAUGUCAACUCUCCAGGUAAACUGCGGUGGGUAAACGGAGAGGACAUACUGCGACCUCGCUCUGCGACCUCUCCUGGAAACCCGUGUCAUCAAGAUGGUCAGACCACUUCAUUCCUGUGUGACGCUAAACGGGUCUACCUCUGCCAGUACAUCUCUCAAGUGCGAGUUCCAGAUGCAGGGGUCUACAUGAUCGGCGUUCCUGUGUUUCCAUCCCAUAAUACUCUACAUCAGGUUUUAUCCACCUCACUCACUGCUCCACAGCCACCCAGCAGAGGCAUCGAGAUGUUGAUGUUUCCUGCAAUGAGCUUUGUUCAGGAAGGUCGUCUGUCCUCCCUGGAGUUUAUCACUCAAGAUCUCAGCUCACAAGUCCACAUCAGGUUCCAGACCUAUAGACCCCGCUGCCGUUAUCCAGGCCAUCACCUCCUGUUGCCCAGUUGUGGAGGUCCAGUGUGUUCUCCAGUUGCUCUUUGUGUCACUAAUGACACAAAAAGCAGCAAUCCUUCCUCCUGCCCUCCAUUGGAGCAGUGGUGUCCUUUCCAGCGCCGGUGCCUGCCCCUGUCCGGUCCCUGUCAGCCGUCCUCCUGUCCUAACUGCACCCAUGGCCACUACCUUCCACCUGGGACACGGAGGCCACAAUACUUCCUGCAGAACGAGGUGGUCUUCACUCUCCCAGCAGGGCCAGCGGCACACAUUCAGAUACAAGACCAGCUAGAGGACCUCCUGAUUUCACGUGGAGAUGUAAUCGCCCUGCAGCAUGAUGCUGGCCCGUCCUCUCUACUUCAGUGUCGGUCUUCUCCUCAGUCUUUGUGGCGACAGCCUGUUUUAGCCCUGAACCUGUCUGAGUGGUUUUGGGUCAACAGCACCAGACAGUCUGCAGAUUUUCCAGCCGACCUCAUGCCCGAACCGGAGCUGGACACGGAGACUCGUGUGGAGAACAGGGAGGGAAACUGGCUGGAGGAGGAAUUCUGCCCCAUCAGAGUGCUUUAUGUGGGUCACAAUAAGACUCAGCUGCAGGGAUCACAUCUGUCAGCUGGUUUACCUCAGCCUGGACUCUACAGCCUGCUGGUUUCUUCUGUUGAGCCAUCGUACCCAUCCUCAGCAUCGUGCCCACUUUGGGUUGUUCCUCCUCUCAGCAUGACCAUCCUCCACCCGCCUCUGAAGAACGGGACCCUCUACCUGCAACCCAACAACACUCGGCUUCUGCUCCGCGUGCAGUCUCGCCACACAACCACGGCUUCUCGACGUGGGAGCCGUUACAGUGUGACUUUCCAACCAGAAUGCCCCCCUGAAUUUUUGUCCGUUCUGACACUCGCCCAGCCUGCCCAGAGCUCGGUGUCAGAGGUCACCGUUUCAGAGCCCAGCCUGUAUGCAGUUCUGGAUUUGAGCCUGGGAUCAGAGGAACAGGGGGGCCCGGUUCAGGUGGAGCUGGAGGCCCACAAUAAUGUGACCGAAGACAGCCUGAUGGUGGUUGUUCAGCUGGAGGUGCCACUCGGGGGUCUGAUGGUGCAACCCGAGCCCACAAACAGGGUGCUGAUGGAGUCGGUGGUGAGUUACAGUGCAUCUGUGCUUCAAGGUUCCAAUCCUACAUUUAAAUGGACUGUGGACGACAAGCCAUAUUUUACCUAUUACAACACAGUCCUCAAUGUCAUCUACCAGCAUGCUGCCAUCUACAAACUCACCGUGACGGCCACGAACCACGUCAGCAGCAUCACGAAGCAUUUCAACGUGACCGUGGAUCGGCUGCAGCCCAUGACCAACCUCACAGUGAAAGGGGUACCAGAUGUGGUCCCUCAGGGUUCAAAACAGACUCUCACCAUCUCUGCUCUCGUGGACGUGUCUGUUACUGCUACUUUCAGAUGUAAUUUUGGUGAAUUUGGAUAUGAAGAGUUUGAGUUCAAGCCUCCUUAUUCGUCAUCCCUCCUCUGUCCAGACUCUCCUAAUCAAGUUCUCUUGAGUAAAAACAUCACCUAUAUCUACUCUCAGCCAGGAAUAUACAUGGCACAGGUGUCUGUGUCCAAUCGUUAUGAGAACAUCAGUCAGAACAUCAGCAUGAGUGUUUACAGCAUCCUCACACAUGUCGACAUACAAACCGAACCACAGCUUCUCCUGGCAGGAAAAUCAGCUUUUUUUGAAGCUCACCCUCUGCCUUCAGCAUAUGGCAUUCACUACGAAUGGAACUUUGGAGAUGGCACCCCACUUAAGUAUGGCCGACGUGUGCCGCACACCUUUGCACAAUGUGACAAUUUUACUGUCUGCGUGUCGGUGAAUAACACCAUCAGUUCUACUUCGGCGUGUGCCAAGAGGUUUGUGUAUGAGGAGAUAGAGGAUCUGAUGGCUUACAGCUCCUCUCCCACAGAGCUGCACAGUUCCACUACAGUGUGGGCACGCCUUGGUUCUGGUAAUAACAUCACAUGGACAUUCUCAAUGGGUGAUGGCACCCUUUAUACUCCAUCUGAACCUCACCUGUCUCACAAAUACAUCAAGGAAGGCAACUACACUGUAAACGUGACUGCCAUGAAUGCUGUGAGCUCUGGCUGGACCACUCUUUUAGUUCACGUCUUUGUCUUUCAAGUGAUAAAAAUGGAGCCAUCAGGAUGUGUCCAAGAGCAAACAGUUGUCAACUUUCAGGCUUGGGUGUCUGGUAAUUCAUCACUUCAUCUAUAUCAGUGGAACUUUGGGGAUGGAAGCCCCAAUGAAACACACCAAGGCAGCCCAAAAGUGUCACAUGUCUACAGGACAAGUGGGAAAUAUCGCCUCUCUCUGCUCCUGUCCAGUGGAGUUAACAAGGCUACAAAAGCCAAUUUCUUCAACUGGGUUUGUGUGCAGCCGGUUUUGUCCAACAUCAGCUUCAUUCCUGAGAAGUCACACUAUGUUGUCGGAGAGGAAAUACAGUUCAAAGUCAGAACUGUACCUGAGUUUAAUCUCAGCUAUCGAUGGGACUUUGGUAGAGAGGAAGGACUGACACACAUCCACAGCUCUGGGAACAUUGGCACAACAUAUGAAAAGCCUGGCCAUUAUAUAGUGACAGUGCAUGUUUUCAAUAACAUAUCUGCAGAUAGUAGAAGUACUGUAAUCGAUGUUCUGAUGCCAGUUGGACCACUUUUUAUUCAUCAUAAUGGCACAAAAUACAACAAUCUGACACUUGGAGCCCCAUAUACCUUCAUGACGUCUUCUUUGGCUUCUGAUGUCACUUACACCUGGGAUUUUGGAGAUGGAAAAAUGCUCACAGGCCAGAAUGUCCUUCAUACUUACAACUUCUCUGGAAAGUACAAUAUCACAUUGAAAGCAGCCAACACUGUUAGUCAGAACAGCACUGUCUUACAGGUUACCGUGCUUGCACCAAUUCAAGGACUGAAAGUCAAUGCCACUUUAAUAAAUGUUCCUCUGAAUGGCUUGGUCCACUUUGAGGCCCACAAAGAUGAGAGUGAUGAUGAUGUCCGGUACUCUUGGAUACUCUGUGACCGUUGCACAUCCAUCCCAGGGACCAACAAGAUGUUCUACACCUUUCGCUCUAUUGGCACUUUUAACAUCAUCGUGAUAGCAGAGAAUGAUAUUGGGACAGCACAGGCAAGCAUCUUCUUGUUUGUUCAGCGUGCGUUGGAAGGUUUGCAGAUCUUAGCAGAGGACAUCAAAGGCGGUGGGAGUGCAGGGUUGGAUAGUUGUUGUUAUGCUACAAACAGAGUUCUCCACCUUCAAGCAGGACUGAAAGAGGGCACCAACAUGACUUUUACAUGGAACAUCAUCAGAAAAUUGGACCCUGGCAGCUCAUUCAAUGCAAGUGGGAAAACUGUGGAGCUUAAUUUCUCAAAGUCUGGUCCAUGUGAGAUCUUCCUGCAAGCAGCGAAUCUUCUCGGCCAGCUGUCAGUCAACAAGACCAUCUUUUUUGUCAAACCACCUGGAGGAGUGAAUCUGCUGAUCAGCAAUGACCGAGUGGCGGUCGGUGUUCCAACAAACCUGAGUGUAGAGGUUUUGGAAGGUUCAGAUCUGCAGUAUCGGUGGUCCGUGAAUGGGAACUAUCUGAACUGGAGCACACCCUGGUUAACCCACACCUUCACCAGUCCAGGUCUAAAACAAGUGUCAGUAGAGGUCUUCAAUGAAGUUAGCUCAGAGGUUGCAACAAAACAUAUUCAUGCUCAAGAAAUCAUUUCUGGGUUAAGUUUCUCUACCAAUGGGAGUAAUCAGAGUUAUGUGGCAACGGGAGUCGGCGUCUCUCUACAGGGGGAGGUACUGACAGGAACCGAUGUGACAUGGAUGUGGCUGCUGGAAGGAAGAACUCAAGAGGGGAGACGGACCUCUCUGAUUUUUUCAGAGCCAAAGACAGCCGUCAUCACAUUGAAUGCAACCAAUGACGUUAGUGGACAAGUGGUUUCCAGGGAGUUCUUUGUUCAGGACAAAAUUCAGGAUUUGGAUCUGAGGGCGAGUAAGAGAUUUGCAGCACUUAAUGAAAAGGUGGAGUUCACCAUUCUGGUGAUAGGGGGUUCAGAUGUUAACCUGAUCCUCAGCAUCAGUGGCGAUGCAACUGUAUUCCCUCCGCUUAACCAAACCUACACUCACUUCUUCAGCAGAGUGGAUACCUACAUGGUGAACCUUACUGCUUACAACCAGGUGCAUUCCAAAAGCAAACAAAUACAAGUGGAGGUGAUGGAACCGGUGAGUGGACUUUCCAUCCAGGGACUCAGCCCAGCAAUCCCUGUGGGAGUAACAAGAUUGUUUGUGGCCAAAACCCUGACAGGCAAACCUAUUACCUUCCUGUGGACCUUUGAUCUACACCACCAUAAGGCAUCAACCUGGGCUAAAGAGGUGCCUUAUACUCCAGAAGUACCAGGCUUGUUGAUCAUCUAUCUGAAUGCCCUUAACAACCUACAUAGUCAGAACAUCACCAAGCACAUCCUGGUGCAGCACCUCCUGAAGGAUGCCAGCCUGUACGCAGUGCCACAGGACACUUUCAUCAACAAGACCAUCACCCUGAUGGCAUCUAUCAGACCCAAACCAAAUCUUGUGGAGUGCCUGUGGAACUUUGGUGAUGGCACUACACCAGUUCUAUCCAACAUCACCACUGUUGGCUAUAAGUACAGACACCCAGGACACUACCUGGUCCAAGUAAACUGCAGUAACCUGGUGAGCUGGGUUUUGGCUCAGGUGGAGGUAAACAUUCGCGUUUUAGAGUGUGAGGAGCCGGAAGUACACGUGACUCAGACCCGCCUGGUCAUCUGGCGCUCUCAGUCCACUUUGGUGGAAGCCAGCGUGGAUCUGAAAGGUUGUAAACGCUACGGCGCUCAGUACCUCUGGCAGAUAUUCCCAAGAUCCUCCUGUAGUGAUGAGAUCGUGAGAGACAACUCUUUGCCCCCUGCAUCGGAACCGUCUCUGUUUUCUCCUGGCAGAGCAGUCCGCCUGCCGGUGGAGGUGGACACGCGGCGACUGCAGCUGCGGCUACCAAAGAUGGCUUUGGCUGCAGGGAACUACAGCUUAGUGUUUUCCCUGUCCUACAAAGGUGUUCCUCUGAGGAAGGCUGCCUGUCUUCAGCUCAGUGUCAUGGCUGCAAAGCUGAAGCCCAUUAUUGAAGGAGGGACGCACAGGGUGUGGUCCAGGACUCAGGACCUGCAGCUCAGUGCGGAGCAGUCCUACGACCCCAACAUGAACUCAGACAGUCAGGCUCUUCUUCAUUACCACUGGGACUGUCAGAGUACUUCUAAGGGUCCAGAGCACUGCUCUAGUCUGAACUUUGGCCUCGGCUCCAGUGGUCCUGUUCUGGGAAUCUCUAGCUCUGAGCUGGAAGCAGGCGUGGAGUACACGUUCAAACUGACCAUCGGCAAAGACGGCAUGACUCCAGAAUCCACCACACAGACUGUGCUCGUGCAGAGCGGCCACAUUCCCAUGGUGUAUCUGGAGUGUGUGUCCUGCAAAGCCCAGUCCAUCUACGAGGUCAGCCAGAACUCCUAUGUCUUUCUCAGAGGAACCUGUACCAACUGCCAGGGCUUUCACCGAGGGCGCUGGAGUGCCAUGACGCUGAACAACGAGACCCUGGUCCUGGACUCCUCCUCCACCACCACAGCAAGUGACAGCAUGAAUCUAGUGCUGCGACAGGGCGUCCUGAGUAAAAACGAAUCCUACAUCUUCACCCUGCACGUGACGGACAGCAGUCUGGAUGGCGAAGGCGCCGCCUCUAUCACUCUGCACCACAACACGCCCCCUGAAGGUGGCGAGUGUCACCUGACGGGGCCGGGAGAGGUGGGAACGAUGAGCGGGGAUGGAGACGGCUGGAGGAUACAGACUCUGCUGGACCAGGUUCACUUCAACUGCUCAGGUUACAGCGAUCUGGGCGUCUCAGAAACACCCUUCCUGUACAGCCUGCUGAUAACACGCUGCAGAGAGGACUACUGUGAGGACUUCUGUGUUUACAAAGGCAGCCGUCCGGACCACUCAGCCUUCUUGCCGCCAGGCUUCAGCUCCGCCCGACACCGUGUAGCUGUUUCCAUUACAGUGGAGGACCACCAGGGUGCUGCCAGCCUUGCACUGAACAAGACCAUUGAAGUUGUGCUGCCAGAUCUUCCUCCUGAAUACAGCAGUCUUCCUCACUGGUUGUCUGAGCUGACCGACACCAAGCUGAAAAAGUUGUUGGAGCAGGGAGACUCCCAAAGGGUCCGAGAGUUAUCGCUAGCCAUUAUCACUGUUCUAAAUGAGUAUGAGCAGAGCAGGGAGUCACUGCGGGUGUCCCAAGUGGAGCGCAACUACAGAGUCAAAGUCCGCAGCAACAUCACCAGAGCGCUGACCUCUCUGGACCUGAACACGGUCAGCGACAUCCAGCAGACCUCUGCAGCCUUAGCACAGUGCACGGCUGUAAGUCGAGAGUUCAUCUGCGAGGAGUGUCAGAACAGCACUUUAAACAAGCUAGAGUCCAUGUUGGAGAUUUUGCAGACAGACACCAAGCAGGGCACCGUCACACCGACUGAAAUCGCUGACAACAUCCUGAACAUCAUGGGUGAUCUGAUCCAUCAGGUCAGCCAGUCAGCCUCCCACUUAAACUUCCAGCUUGCCUACGUGGAUGCUCCAUCACCUGCCUCCACCUCCUCCUCCUCCUCCUCGUCCUCUUCUCCUCCUUCUUCUGUGGAGAAUGGAAACCCACUGUUGGAACCGUCUCCCCCCUCUCUGGAGCCACAGUCCCUGCACGUGGCAGCAAAGGCCUACAGUCUGUCCUCGGUCCUCAUGCUGAUCCUCAUGCACGCCCGUGUCCUCAACGAGGAGCCGCUCGUGCUCGGGGGUCCGGAGAUUGCCGCCACGGGAAAACUGGCCGACCCCCAGAGUCUGCUCUGCUAUCAUGGCAACAACAGUCCAGCAGAAUGCCAGCGCUUCUCCAUCCCUAGAGCUUUCAACAAAAGUCUUGGCCGAGCUGCUGCAGGAAGCAGCAUCAUGCAGCUGCUCUUUCAGGUGGAAUCCAAUCCCUUCCCCUUUAAUUACGUGUCCAACUACGCUGUCUCUACUGAAGUAGCAUCCAUGGAGUUUCACACAGAAAACGGCACCCACAUCCCCAUCUCUGAACUGGAUGACAGCAUGGCCAUCACUGUUACUGUGAACAACGGCAGCAGCAGAGAAGCAGGUGCUGAGAGUUCUGGCAUCGGCGGAGCCCCCGUAGCCGCCUCGGUUAACGUCAGCCGCUGUGACUCUGUGAUCAUCAGGGUCAGCGCAGGAAACAGCAACAAGCAGGCCGGGCUGUUUGUGUUGCUUAACUUCACUGCUAUAGAAGCAGACGCGAAUGGCGAGGAGAAAAGAGAAAAUCUGGAGGAAGAGCCAUAUGUAACCGCCUACCUUCAUUCUAACGAUCAACCCAAUGAGUUUAACUGCACAGACAGAAAGCAGAUCACUCUCAGUAUGACCAGAGGGCAAGACCACAAAAAAUACAGCUUCUUCCUGUCACCAGAGUUCUACGACACCACUCUGGAUUACUUUAUCAACGUAACUACGCCCUGCAGCGCUGAAACUCAGCUUGCUGGUGUUCACCUGGAGGUCGGGGUGUUCGCCUCCCUGUGUCAGUACUUCAGUGAGACCGAGAAGCAGUGGAAGACAGAUGGCAUGGUGCCCCUCGCAGAGACCACCUUUAGCAGAGCAGUUUGCCGCACCAGGCACCUGACGGCCUUCGCUGCAGGACUGUUUGUACCAACCAAUGCCAUCAGCUUUAUAAUGCCAGAGCGUUCAGGUGCACCAAGCCUGAUUGUAUUGUUGGUGUGCAUAUUGGGUUUGUUAAGCUAUGUCGUGGCAGCGGCCAUCUUGCAUAAGUUGGACCAGCUGGAUCUUAGCCGAGCCGCUGUGGUUCCACUCUGCGGCCAGAGCGGGAGCUUUAAGUACGAGGUCCAAGUCAAAACUGGCUGGAGUCGAGGAGCAGGGACAACAGCUCAUGUGGGAAUCAGUUUGUACGGACGAGAGAGCCGCAGCGGACACCGUCACCUCGACAGCAAAGGCGCUUUCACGCGCAAUGCCCUGGACGUUUUUCAGAUCGCCACAGACACCAGCCUGGGGAGUGUUUGGAAAAUACGGAUUUGGCAUGACAACAAAGGUCUGUCCCCGGCAUGGCUGCUGCAAUAUGUGUUGGUCAAAGACCUGCAGACUGAAAACAGCUACUACUUCCUGGUUGAGGAGUGGUUGUCUGUUGAUAACGAGAGAACGGGUGGACGUGUGGAGAUUGAAGUGGAGGCUACAGAAGAGGCGGUGCUUCGUCAGCUGCCUCGCCUCCUGCGCUGUGAGCUGCAGAGGUCGCUGUGCGACAGUCACAUGUGGCUGUCGCUGUGGGAGAGGCCCCCCCGCAGUCCCUUCACUCGCCUGCAGAGGGCCACGUGCUGCGCUGUGUUACUGCAGUUUUUCCUGCUGGCUAACACGCUGUGGUACAGCAUCGUGGUGGAUAAGAGAUACAGCCCGGGCGCCGUGUCGAGGAUCUCCUCACUAAAUGGAGAGACAGUGGCUGCAGGCAUGGUCACCUGUCUGAUCGUCUACCCGCUCUACCUUUUUGUCUUCACAAUAUUCAGGAUGAGCCGCAGCAAGUCUGUGACAGUGCAGCAGGUGCCUCAACAAGUGGAUCAGGAGUCUGUGGAGAUCGAUGAUUUCCUGGACAACUCUACGGGAAGAAGUUCCUUUCUUUCCUUCAAUGAAGAGCGAGGACAGUUUGGACACGGAGGAAGAAGAUGAGUCGGAGUCGGAUGAUAGGGAUUGGCCGGAGCUGUUGAGUGACGAGUUUGUGGUGGGCGGGACGGGACACGGGACGGGGAUGCCCAAACUGAAGAGGCGUCAGGGCAGCCGGCACCUGGGUGUAGAGUUGACGCUCUGCCCCAGAGAGGGAGAGGAGGAGGGAGACACUGAUCAGUGCGGCAAACAUUUCACCUCCUCUGAUGAGGAUCUCAUUAAACACAUACUGACAGAUGGACAGAACUUCUUUCCUCAGGCAGAUGAAAGCGAGAUGGUCGACCUGUCGAGUAUUUUUGGAGACAAAACAGAAGUGAUUCUCCUUCAAAAGCUGAACGAACCUCAUCCUCUGGAGUCAGUCAGAAGGGAUCCACCAAAAACAGCUUUUACAUCAAAUACAGGUGAUGUGUGAGGCGCUCUACUUUGCUGUGUGUGUGCGUCGGCUGCGUCCGGAGGCCCAGGACAUGCUGGUGGAAGGCUCUCGAGUGGAGCAGGUGGUCCAGCGGGUCACCAGGGUGAGACCACCUCAGGGCUUCGCUCUGUCUCGGGCCCGGCAGCAGGCCCGCAAGGUGCACAUGCUGCACAGCAUGCUGAAGAAUUUCCUGGUUUACACGUUCUUCCUGCUGGUGGUCCUGCUGCUCAACUACUCAGACUCUAACAAAGACACGCACAGUUUGAGACUGAGGACUCAGCUACAGCAGACCCUUCUCACACCGGAGUAUCAGACUGUCAGCAGCCGUGACGACGUGUUGGUGUGGCUGAACGGUUCUCUGCUGCCACGGCUGUAUGACGACUCUGUUCUUCUGAGAGAAACAGGAAACACGCUGCUCGGCACUCUGAGGAUCCGACAGAACCGCCACACGCAGGGUUCUUUUCAGCCAGGCCCUGAUUUGGUUUUAUCCCUGACUAAAGAAACGGAGAACGUUUCGGUUUUUGAUUCUGCAGAUUGAACUCGUGCAGUGUUGGUGGAGUUCUCCCUCUACAACAUCAACACAAACCUGCUGGCUGUCGUCUCCUUCUUGUUUGAGUUCCCAGUUUCUGAGCGUGCUCAGUGCAGCUUUGAGCUUAACGUCCUGACUCUGUGGCCAAUCACAGGCCUCGACCUGCAGCUCCUGCUGACGCUCGUCCUCCUCAGCCUGGUGGUGUAUUUCCUGGUCCGAGGGGUCCUGGGUUUCCUCAGAGGGGGCUUCAGGUACCUGCUGACGGCGUGGCGACUCAUGGGAAUCUGUAAGUUGUGUCUGGCGGCGUCUGUGUGCGGGCUACACCUGAGCCGCUCAGUCAUGGCCAAGCAGCAGUGGAAUCUGUUCCUGAAGAACCCACGAGACUCCUUCACGGACUUCCAGCCCCUGGCCAAGCAGAGCCAGCUGUACACCGCCAUGUCUGCUCUGCUUCUCUUCAUCCUGCUGCUCAAGGCGUCCCACCAGUUGCGGUUCCUGCGAGAGGGGGCUGUGUUUGGCAGAGCUCUGCGGCGGUCCGUCUGGGAGCUCCUGGGAGUGGGCCUGGCCCUUCUGCUGCUGCUGCUGCUUUACGCUCACACAGGACACCUGCUUUUCCACUCGGUGCUGGACGGUUACAGCAGUGUGACCUCUGCCUGUGGCUCUUUGUUGGGUACCGGAGGUAGAGGCCUGUUUUCAUGGCAUCCUGCUGUGACGAUGACCGGCCCCUUCAGCACAGCCUUUUUGCUGGUGUUCCACACAAGCUUUGCUGUAUUCCGGAUGGUUUUCACGUGGCUGCUCAUCUCCGUGCUGUUGAGGAACUACCGGCGGGCGCGAGCGGAGCUGUACCGCCCGGCUGUGGAUCUCCAAGACUAUGAGAUGGUGGAGCUGUUUGUCAGACGGCUCAAAAUGUGGAUGGGACUCAGUAGAACCAAAGAGUUCCGACACAAAGUCCGUUUUGAGGGCAUGGAGCUGCCCCCGUCAAGGUCCUCCUCCACCAGUGACUGUAGGUCUCUAUGUCUACCCCCUCUGGACGGUCCCGACUCCCCGCCCACUCCAGUCAGUGUUGAUGGGAGCUCCGAGGUCUCGUGGCGCCCGGCCUCCUCCAGCCCCUGCAGCCUGACGGAAGCCCCAGGGAUCAGCGUCGGACUGGGACUGGGGAUGGGCCUAGGCCCAGUUGUGGUGGGGGGUGCUGGCUGGAGGGAGAGGGCGGAGACCGAAGCCUCAGUGAGGAGGCUCCUCCCCACCCUGGACGCCCUGCUGCAACAACUGGACCGUGUCAACAUGGCAACAGAGGAUGUGUAUCACUUUGAGAGUAAACUGGAGCGAGUCCAGAGGAGGAGGAGGCACAAAGGGAGAGAAAAGGGAGAUGGCGGUCAGGAGGGGAGGAACGAGGCCAGACUGAAGGGGAUGGGGGAGGACAAGGACUGGAAGGAACGAACUGUGGGAAAAGCAAAGCAAAGCGGGAGCAGGAAGGGGAGGAAGUUGGAUAAAAAUGAACUUCUGAAGGGAUGUGGAAGCUCUCCUGCCCACCUCAGACACACUCCUGUCGCCACACCUGUUCCUUUCUUAACAUCCAAACCUGCCCCGGAUCCCUCCCCUACCCCUCAGUCAUCACCCAAACCUUCUGCCGGCGCACCUCUACCUGCACCGUCAGCAAAAACUCCCACCCUCAGCCGGGACUGGGACCGAGAGACCCUCCCCUCUACAAGUCUGUUCAACCACCCAGCUCACACCACCACCAUCCCUACACGCAAGAGGAAACGAAAACCCCCACCGCUCAAAAACAAGGUGCACCCGACGUAGACGACAGGAUGUAAACGAAAGAAAAAGCUCAUGAGAACGUUGGAGUCAAAGCUUGAGGUUAAGGACGAGAGGAGCACAGGGACAGCUGGUCCUGACCCCGGAUGCUCCGCUCUAAACCAAGGAGGAAAAAAAAAGGGGCAGAUUUUAACAUAGUGAGAAAGUCCAGGAAAAAAGGAAGAAUCAGGCAGGCUGUUGGAGAAAAUAAGACUUUUUUUUUUUGCAGUUACCGUAUCUGUCCAGAACCCAAACUCAGCUCUCUGGUGCUGGUCACUAGGUUCAAAAUAAGCUGGUUGAGUAAACUCAGUGAAACCAAAAGGUCUUUUUGUCCUUCGUUUGUCCCCCUGUGACCCUGGAGGUCAUGUGAUGUUGUUGACAGGAGCACAGAAACGUGCUCACCAAAUAUGAACUACAAGCAGACUAAUGCAAUCAGUAUUUUUGUAUAUUUAAAAAAAAAAGUUGAUUACUCACUUAGGUUGUCUACAUAGUUAUAUCUUAUAUUUUGGUCAGUUUUAGCUUGUCAUGUACGAACCCAGAGCUUCCUGCAGACACAGCAUAUACUCAUGUAUAGAACACUGUAAGUGGAAACGUGCUGCAUGCUUCAGCCUGCAGAGGUCCAAGAGAAAACGGUUUCAUUUUGCAAAUGUUCUGCUGUUGGGGUUCCAGCAGCCACGUCUUCAGGGUGCUGAGAAAUGGAAACAGGAGACAGAAAACAGAGGAGCAAUAAGUAUUAAAAGGUGUAGGAAGUCAACAAUGGGACCAGAGGAUGGAAGAAAUCAAAGAAAUCAAUGAAUUUAUUUAACCCUCCUGCUGCCCUUGGGUCAAACCAACCCACAGGUCAGUUUUAAAAUGGGGCAGCAAGACGGUUAAACAUGAUUAAUAUUUGUUUGAGGUUUUCCAACAAAGCUAAACUGAAUCCCAUCUUUCCUCGAGGUUUUUAAAAUAAACAAGCACUUUUGUUCUGAUGUAGAUUGUUUUCAAAUGAGGUAAAUUAAUAAGCUUAAAGCUAAAGAGGAAGCUUCACUCAUACUGAUAUUUAACCAUCAGCGUUGCCAAAGCUUUCUUCUUCAUUUAUGCAUCUUAAACAUUCAUUCAUGUUGUACUUGCACUUUAUUCUCUAAAGAAGCUGAUGUUAGGCAUAAUAUUUAUGUAUCCAUACUGCUAUGCUAAGGAGGCCUUCCUGUAUGUAUUACCAAUGUUGUUGUUGAAGCAUUUCUUCAUAUUUUUCUGAUUGUUGUCUUAACAUGCACACUUCCUGUGUCCCAGUGGGCAAAUCUCAGGGAACCCACCUUUUCCUAAAAAUCUGGUAAGAAACCCAGGUGAACCAAAAUUAGGUACAAAUUGAGUAAAAAGUACUGAUAAAUGUUCAAAACAUUUCGGUCCCAUCUUUCCUUUGCUGCGCACAUUGUAAUAAAACAUUACAUGAAAUCAUUUUAAAUAUUGUACCCAGCCUGUUUUAUUACUUCCUGUCAGUGCCUUAAAAAAAGAGACUUGUCCUUUUUUAUUGUGUAUAUUUCUGUAUAUAUUUGGGCCUUAUGAUGUAUAAAGUUCUGCUUUAUGAUUUUUGUGCUCAGCGACAAACAGGUCAAGCACUGAUGUUGCAAACCCCAAAGUUUUUGCUUUUUUUUUUUCUGGUCAAGCAGAUGCAAAACAGUCAAAGCUUUUCCUUUCAUUUAGUGUUUGAAAGCAUAAUUGAUUGCUGAGGAGGAACCUCUGUGUUUAGUGUCAGAGCUGACUUCACUUGUUUCUGAAAUGGCAUUAGAAUUUGCUUGGUUUUGUUUUUCUGAAACCUCUUCUGCAUUCUGUAGUUGUAGCACUUCUCAUACUUUUGCACUUGACAAAGUCAAAUAAAGUCUUUUGACAGCUGAA